AUGUCUUCUCUUAAUCAGACGGCGAAGUCUUUUUCGUUGCUCUUCACGCAGCCCCUGGGAACCAAGUACGAUAUUGCUUCCCGGCUAGUCUGUGCCUUUGUUAUCCUUCAAACCAUUCAUAAUGUCUACGGCAGUAUCACUUGUUAUGGCGUUGUCGGGAGCAUGAACAAGUUUCUAGAAUUGUGCCGGGGAUGGAUAUCUCCGAAAAGCUCACCAGCCCGUCGUAUCUUCAAAAGGGUAGACAAAGACAUGGACGCAAUAUCGAAUAUGAUGGAGCAAAAAUUGGCUCGUCAAGGAGAUGCUGUCAAGAAGAACUUUUGUCUUCCGAAAGAGGGCUGGAGCUUCGAGGAAAUUGAGGCAGAGUUGGAGGAACUGCAACAUUUGGACCAUACGCGAUGGGAGGACGGUCGAGUCAGUGGCGCGGUUUAUCAUGGGGGCAGCGAGCUGCUGGAUAUGCAAACUAAAGCUAUUGGAAAAUUCAGCGUCUCGAAUCCGAUACAUCCAGAUGUCUUCCCUGGAGUCAGGAAGAUGGAAGCGGAAAUCGUAUCAAUGAUCCUCGCCGCAUUUAAUGCCCCCGAAGAUGGUGCAGGGGUGACCACGAGUGGUGGCACAGAGUCUAUUCUUAUGGCGUGUUUGGCUGCUCGGGAGAAGGCUGCAGCCGAGCGCGGCAUCUCAAAUCCAGAAAUGAUCAUUCCGAGUACUGCCCACGCGGCUUUUUACAAAGCAUCCCAGUACUUCAAAAUCAAGCUCCACCUUGUCUCAUGCCCGGCACCUGAGUACAAGGCGUCGGUCACCGAAAUCCGUCGACUGAUCAACCGAAACACGGUUCUUCUAGUUGCAUCUGCACCCAACUUUCCACACGGCAUUGUCGACAACAUCCCAGAGAUCUCUCGAUUGGCAAUUGAGAAUGGUAUUCCAUUCCAUGUUGACUGCUGCUUGGGAUCGCUGGUCAUUGCUUUCUUGAAACAAGCCGGCUUCCCAUCUCCGUACGAAAAUGAAGGAGGCUUUGAUUUCCGACAGCCCGGAGUCACUAGCAUUAGCGUCGACACCCACAAGUAUGGUUUCGCUCCUAAGGGCAGCUCUGUCUUGUUGUAUCGCAAUCGGUCAUACCGAAACUACCAAUAUUUCUUGUUUCCGAACUGGUCAGGUGGUGUAUAUGCGUCUCCAUCGAUGGCGGGAUCUCGCCCGGGCUCAUUAAUCGCAAGUUCUUGGGCUACGCUUAUGAAGAUGGGCGUGUCGGGCUAUAUCAAUAGUUGCCAACAGAUCGUGGGAGCAGCGAAGAGCUUUGAAGCCGCUAUACUCACCCACCCCGCUUUGAGCCCCCAUAUUGGAAUCAUCGGGCAUCCGAUGUCGAGCGUCAUCGCAUUCACGAGCAUAAACAAAGAGAUUGAGACCUACAACAUCGCUGAUGCCAUGGAUGCUCGGGGUUGGCAUCUGAAUGCUUUGCAAUCUCCACCGGCUAUCCAUUGCGCCUUUACAAUACCCACAGCCGAAGCUGUCGAUAGCCUCAUCGCCGAUUUGAUUGAGGUCAUCGGGGAGAUAUUAAUGCAAAAUGAGGAGCGCAAAGUCAAAGGAGAACAGAUUGUACAGCCGCACGGCAAGAGCGCGGCGCUCUAUGGCGUAGGAGGCAGCAUUGACAAUUCCGCAGUCAGCCAGUUUGCUGAAGGGUUUCUGGAUACUCUUUAUAAAGUUUAA